GUACUACUAGUAGUAGCAGUACCUGCGUGUCUAGAAGCUCAAGGUUAAACGUGCCACUUCCCACUUCCCACUUCUCACUUCUUCGACGCUUUAUUUAUAAAACUUCACUCUCCUCUUCCCAUCUCGACGCAAACUACGUAGCUAGUAAUGGAGGAUGAUGUCUCUUAAUACUCUAUAGAGCCCAUCUCAAUAACAUAGCAAAUACUCAUCGAAUACUUCAAGACAUAUAUAUAUACAAACAAACAUGACGUUCGUUUCUGACGAGGAAGACUUCCUCUCAGACAACCAAUCCGAUGCUUCAGCCUCUAGCGAAGAUGACUUACCUCCACCCCCGCUACAGCAAAACUACUUUGCUCCUCCCUUCUACGGUCGCCCCCCAACUCCACUGCCCCCUUCGCCAUCUUUAACAUCCUUGCUCCGUCCCUCACGGCCUACCACACCCGAUGCCUCGGACGACGAUCUUCAGCCGGUGCCACGUGCAUCGCCCAAGGUACCCACCUACGAAUACUAUGGCUUUGUCCUGUACCUUUUCUCCUCCUUCGCCUUCCUCAUCUACCUCCUGUGGGCGUAUCUACCGUCUCCAUUCUUGCACGCCCUCGGAAUCUACUACUAUCCCAACCGGUGGUGGGCUCUAGCCGUUCCUUCGUUUCUCGUGAUGCUUAUCGUCUACAUCUACGUGGCGCUAGCGGCCUACAACACCGAGAUCUUGACCCUCCCCAUGAACUCCCUGGAGACGAUUGUGGACGAGGCAGCCGAUGUUGCCACCAUUGACAGUAAGGGAAGAAUACGAAUGGGCGAGUCAGGGAAACCUAUCUCUGAGGAGAAGGCCAAUCAGCUUGACUGGAAAAAUAUCUGGAACGAGGGCACGGAUGCGGUCAUGGACAUACCCCUUGCUGGCGUCUGCGAGGUGCUGUACGGUGAUUUGGAUGACUCGGACGAUGACUUGGAAUGCGAUACCCAUUGAUUUAUUAAGAGUAAUGGCGUUAAGCGUUAAACGGCGCAUAUGGAUAAUACAAUAUUUCUAUCAACUUACUGUCUGCCCCAAGCAGGUUCCUACACUAGGAUAUACUUUACUAAAUACUUAGCUGUAGUUCUAUCUUCAAGUUACUAGAGUUUGAGGCUUAAGGCGGAUCUAUCACCACAAAGGUAUGUCCUUCGCAUUAUAUCUAGGUAGGCAGGCCUAGGAGGUAUUGGCCCUAUCUAGAACUGCGGUUCCCUAAGGGUGUUGCGCCUAUUUAUC